CGGCCGCGCUCCCGCCCCGCGCUCCCGCCGCCUGCUUCGCGCUUCCGCCGCGCGUUCCCAUGGCGCUGAAGCGGAUACAAAAAGAGCUAAGUGAUCUGCAGCGAGAUCCCCCAGCCCACUGUUCUGCUGGCCCUGUUGGAGAUGACUUGUUUCACUGGCAAGCAACUAUUAUGGGACCUCCUGAUAGUGCAUAUCAAGGGGGAGUAUUUUUUCUCACAGUACACUUUCCAACAGAUUAUCCUUUCAAACCACCAAAGAUUGCUUUUACAACAAAAAUAUAUCACCCAAACAUAAACAGUAAUGGGAGUAUUUGUCUUGAUAUCUUGAGAUCACAAUGGUCACCAGCUCUGACUGUUUCUAAAGUUUUAUUGUCCAUAUGCUCCUUACUUUGUGAUCCUAAUCCAGAUGAUCCUUUAGUACCAGAUAUUGCACAGAUCUACAAGUCAGACAAGGAAAAAUACAACAGACAUGCAAGAGAAUGGACUCAGAAAUAUGCAAUGUAAACUUUUGAAGACAUUUUCAUAUACCACAGAGUACUGUAAAUUCUAGUUUUUUUUCAAAAUUAGAAGGAAAUGGAGCACAGUUUAUGGUUUCAAUGUGACACUCCUUGAAUUUUUUUUCACCCAAGUAAGUGUGUUUCUGGAGCAAGAGAGAACAAACUUCCAAAAAUAACCUUAUGACUUUGGUAAGAAUAUUUAUCCUCUUUGUAUGCUUUGCAGAAGACAUUUAUUAUAGUUUUUAAGAGUUGGACACCUGCAUCUUCAGACUACAAGAUCUAUAAUUCAGUUGUAAAUCAAUGAAAUUAUUUUUGCUGGAAAAAGUAGCUGUUUUCAUGUGAUGAAUACUGUAUGUGUGUCAUUGAAGUAUGUUGUCUGUUUCCUAAGUGUGUUCAAGUUUCUUUUUGUUAGUUCUCUUAUAUAAUUUGUAUUUUUUUACUGUAUAGACUAUUUUAUUUACAAUGUAAGUCAUUUCAGUUUAGACUUGCUUGUGCACAGUAUUGACAAGAUACAACUGCUAAUAAAAAAUAAUUGGAGUAUCUCAUCCAUUAAAUAUUCUGAAGACUGACUGCAGACUUCUUAAAACCUACAAUGAUCUUUGCACUGUAAAUCUUUGUAUGCUGAUUAUGGAGAAACACUUGGUUUUGAUUCUGUUGCAUACUUGACUUAAUUUUAUUGCAAUGUGAACUAAUUGCACUGGUAUGUAGAAAGAUAUGUAACUAUUUUGUUGCUAUUCACAACUUGAUUUGUGACGUGUGGGCAACAUAAUACUAUCACAGACCUUUUACAAAUCCAGAUGUAGCCUUUUCCAUAUAAAUAAAAUACAUUUUCUACUUUC